AUGACGUUAAUUCAGAUAAGACGGAUCCUUUAUGACCUUGAUGCCAAGCAUACCGACCUGGUUUGCCUGCUCCUCUGUUUCAUCACAGCGCUGUGCGAUAGUAGUGCCUACAGUGUGUGGUCUUGUUAUUUGGGCUUGCAGACAGUCUCCAUAUCUUGUUUCGUGGCCGGCGCGUUCACAUUUGCCAACGCGAUGCGUCUUCUCGGUCCGCGCCGGGCCGUCACGCUCAGUCUCUCGUUCCUCGUUCAAGCCUCCUUAAUCAUCAUCGCCAGCGCUCUUGUCGAAGCGGAUCUCAUCCCACAUAUCUCUGCGGCGACCUCACUAACAGGUGGCCCACUCUUUCUCGAGCUCAUCCCAAUUGCACUCUUGGCGUUUCAGUCGGCAGGCUGUCUGGCCACGAGCCGCUUUCUGGGAUUCAACGAGAUCCUGAUCGUCGUGUUGGCGAGUGUGUACUUCGAUUUCGCUUCCAAUCCCCAUCUGUUUACCUCGUUGUUGAAGAAUGCACAGAGAAACCGGCGCAUGUGCGGUGCGGCGUUUCUCAGCGCUGGUGGUAUGCAGUCGACGUUGUGGAUUGCGGCCGCGCUGAAGCUAGAUUUAGCGGUUGUGUGGCUGUUCUAG